AUGGCUUUACGCUUCCGCACUUUCUUCCCGUACGCCUUACCUGGAGUGCUGGCACUUAUUGGUUGGUGGUGGUUUUUUUCUCGUAAAAAGGAGCGUACAAGCAAUCACGACAGGCAAGCAUUAGCUGGCGUGGAAGAUCAGAGGAUUGAACCUCCCAUAAAGGAACCUCUGUCCAGAGAAGAAGUAAAUGCUACUAAAGAACUGCCUGUGCCCUUGGAAGAGGACUGCCCAGAGAAUGAAACCUUAACUUCCCAGCUGUCCGUAGGGUUAAUGACACCCUCUCUGGCAUGUGACGCUCAACAGAGAUUAGAUUCCUCCAGGGACCAUCCUGCCACCGCAGUAAUGACCGUCGAAUUGGGCACGUUUGAGGACGACAGUGAAAAACUGGAAAGAGCAGCGUCUCGAGAUGAAACCGGGUCCCUUGCACAAGUGUCUCCCCCUUCAGCCCCGAAGAGUGUCGAGUGCUGUGACAAUGGUGCGCUUGUUACCAAGCGGGAGUCCGCUUUCAGUGGAAUCCCAGAGCAGCAGCCAUUGGUGUGUUCCGUGGUAGAGUCAGUACAAGAGUCUUUGGGAAAGACUGGGGAAAGCGGUGAAGCAGAAAUGACAUACGAUUCUUUGGAGAAUCCAUCUAAGGAAAUCCGGUGCCUAGCGGCUAUGUCCUCAGACACUGGCUGCCUGCCGGCCCUGGGCUCUGAACCAGAGGAUUCAGCCACCGCCCAACCUGCCAUUUUAGAUGAAGAUGAUAGUGAGGAAGUCGAGGGCACUGUCCCCGGGCAGAGAGAGUCUGUAGUUGGGAAGUUACUGAAUAAUUGUGUAGAGUCUGCUGGCUUGGACCUGUCCAGGGAAGAGGAGAUGUCUGAGAUGACUGUCAGUACUGUGCUUAAAUGUCAUGGAAGGGAAGAGAAGUGCUACAGGGAUACGCAGUCGAAAGGAGAUGGUUUGGAAAGAGAGAGAAUUGGAGGAGUGAGUUUAGACAAAGAUGAAGUUGAGAAAAUUGAGCAAGCAGCCAUACAGAUUAUUUCCAAAGUCAUCUUAGCAGCUACCGAGGAAGUGCUGUCUAGUUCAGUAAGCGAUGUGUCCAGUAGGAUCUGUGAAGUCGCAGUCAGCCGGGUUGAUAGACCGCUGGAGAGAGUGAGCAUUUCAUCCGAUGAGAUGCUUGCAGUGGAAUCUAGCAGAGGGAAUGAAGUCGUUUCCACAGAGAAUGUCGCAACGAUACCUGUUCCCCUAUCGGAAGAGAAACUCCAUCGUUACGUGUCGUAUUCCAGCUGUUUGAAAUACGGGCGCUUAUCUAACCCAGUGCAGGUAGACCCAAAAGACCAUCGGCCAAAGAAAUCUGUGCACAGUGAAACACAAGGAGAUAACCGGACUUUGGUUACGAACAAUGGAGAGUCGUUCGAAGAGUCGCAUGCAGUAACGGAGGAUUCUGGGUGCAGCGCAUGUACGUCUGAAGAUGGGACGAACGUUGAGGAUCCCUUGCAAAGCACGUCACUGUCUCUCCUAUCAGGCCAGCAUUCAGACUUGCUGAGCAUGUCUGUGAUCCAGGACGCUUCCACAGAGCAAAACGUGGCACAGAGUGAGAAACCUCAGACCCCUAUAUUAGGGGAAGACAAAGUGCCAUACAGCAAUGGAGUGCUGAAAGGGGACAGUGCAGAUCUGAGACAUGAGAAGCACUGGACAGCGGAGACAGAUGCAGAUCACUCAGGAGGUUCAGAUGUAAAUAGCAUGGAUUCUGUGGACAGUGGCUGUGCCCUUGGGAAGACGGAGAGUUGCCAGAACUCCAAGCCAGGAGUAGAAUCCAAUAAGUCUGAGCUCACUAUCUGGGAGAUAGAGGUGCCAAAGCACUUGGUUGGCCGGCUGAUUGGCAAGCAGGGAAGAUAUGUGAGUUUUCUGAAGCAAACUUCUGGUGCCAAAAUUUAUAUUUCAACGCUACCUUACACCCAAGAUGUCCAAAUUUGUCACAUAGAAGGCUCUCAGCAUCAUGUAGACAAAGCGCUGAGUCUGAUUGGUAAGAAGUUCAAGGAGCUGAGCCUCACCAACAUUUACGCUCCUCCAGCCCCAUCACUGAUGCUGCAUUCCCUCCCUAUGACUUCCUGGCUCAUGCUACCGGAUGGAGUCACCGUAGAAGUAAUUGUCGUUAACCAAAUCGACGCAGGACACAUGUUUGUACAGCAGCACACGCACCCCACGUUCCAUGUGUUGCGCAGUCUGGACCAGCAGAUGUAUGUCUGCUAUUCUCAGCCUGGAAUUCCAACUCUGCCCACUCCAGUAGAAGUCGGUGUGAUCUGUGCUGCUCCGGGCUUGGAUGGCGCUUGGUGGCGGGCUCAGGUUGUCGACUACUUCAAAGAUAACAACGAAGUGGAGAUCAGAUACGUGGACUACGGAGGAUACGAGAGAGUUAAAAUCAACACACUCAGGCAGAUCAGGUCUGAUUUUGUAACUCUACCCUUCCAAGGAGCAGAAGUUUUAUUAGACAAUGUGGUGCCGCUUUCAGACGAGGAUCACUUUUCAUCAGAAGCUGACUCAUCCGUUAGUGAAAUGACCAGAGGUACACCUCUGCUGGCACAGGUCACAAACUAUGACAGUGCAACAGGCCUGCCUCUUAUCCAGCUGUGGAGUAUGAUGGGAGAUGAGGUGGUGUCAAUAAACAGAGCUCUGGUGGAAAGAGGAUUUGCUCAGUGGAUUGACAGUUACUAGUAAACUCUGAGAGGCCCCAAGCGACCCUUUUUUCUAAAAAAAUAAA